CGUUUUUGCAUUUUCUUGAAAGAAAACCCCGCUUUUCAUGCGGUGGUUUGCUCCUAUCAUCAGUUCUCUUUAGUGUUUGCCAAUGUUGGAGGUGUAACUGGGGUCUGGCCCUGGACGAAGUGAUAGAGGAUGGCUCAAGUGAAAGUGCAGACAUCAGCCCCCUUGUCUGGGCCUGGCCUGUCCCCUAUGGUGCCCUCUGUGGCCAUGCCCAGCACAGGAGUUCUGGGUCUGCAGCCCACCAUCAAUGGCACAGUGCCAGCCACAUCGCCCACCUGCCCCAGCCCUGCCUCUUGCUUUGUGGACUCCACUGUACCAGCCAACCCAUCAGGCCCUCCUCAAGAAAACAUGGCAAACCCUAAAGAGAAAACUCCCAUGUGUCUGGUGAAUGAGUUAGCCCGUUUCAACCGGAUUCAACCUCAAUACAAACUGCUGAAUGAGAAAGGACCUGCGCAUGCCAAGGUCUUUACAGUGCAGCUGUGUUUGGGGAACCAGGUUUGGGAGGCAGAGGGCAGCAGCAUUAAAAAGGCCCAGCACACCACAGCAACCAAGGCCCUGAGUGAAAGCAGCCUCCCUCGGCCUCCACCCCGUUCACCUAAAGCAGAUAUCAACAGCAACCCAGGUAGUAUUACUCCUACUGUGGAGUUGAAUGGCUUGGCUAUGAAGCGAGGAGAGCCAGCCAUCUAUAGACCCCUGGACCCCAAACCCAUUCCCAACUACAGAGCCAAUUACAACUUCAGAGGAAUGUUCAACCAAAGGUACCAUUACCCAGUGCCUAAGGUAUUUUAUGUGCAGCUGACGGUGGGGAACAAAGAGUUUAUCGGAGAGGGACGGACUCGCCAAGCUGCCCGCCACAAUGCAGCAAUGAAAGCCCUUCAGGGCCUGAAGAACGAACCCAUUCCAGAGAGACCACCUCAGUGUUCAGAUGAGAAUGAUGAUGAGGAGAACAGUGAUGCCAGCAAAUCAGAGAUCAGCCUGGUGUACGAGAUCGCUCUGAAAAGAAACCUGCCUGUAAACUUUGAGGUGCUGAAGGAAAGCGGACCUCCACACAUGAAGAGUUUCCUCACACGUGUGACGGUGGGGGAGUUCUCCGCUGAGGGGGAGGGGAACAGCAAGAAACUCUCCAAAAAAAGAGCAGCACUGUCCAUCUUACAAGAACUGAAGAAACUACCGGUUCUUCCUGUGGUGGAGAAACCCAAAGUGCAUUACAAGAAACGGCCCAAGACCAUAUUGAAGACUGGCCCGGACUACGGACAGGGCAUGAACCCUAUCAGCAGACUGGCUCAGAUUCAACAGGCUAAAAAGGAAAAGGAACCAGAAUACAUGCUGCUGUCAGAGAGAGGGAUGCCUCGCCGCAGAGAAUUCAUUAUGCAGGUGAAAGUUUGUCCCGAGGUGACCACAGGGACUGGACCCAAUAAGAAAGUGGCGAAGCGUAAUGCAGCAGAGGCCAUGCUGCUUCAACUGGGAUAUAAGGCGUCAACACCAUUACAGAACACUUCAGAGAAGAUGGACAACAAAAGCUGGAACGGACAAAGAGCUGCUUUUUCUGAGACAACGGCCAACCCACAGAAAGGAAUUCUACACCUUUCCCCAGACGUGUAUCAGGAGAUGGAGGCCAGCCGGAAUAAAGGCGUCCCUAGUGCUCCUGGAAACUACUUGACACCCAAAGACAUUAGCCAAGGGUCCGGAAUUCCGUUCUACAGUCCCUCGGUGGGUAGCACUGCAGCCAUCGCCAGAGAGCUGCUGCUGAACGGGACCUCGCCCACCGCGGAGGCUCUGAUCCUAAAGGGCAAAGCACCUGCUCUAGCCUGUGGCUCCAUCCAGCCUUCCCAGCAGCUGGAAUAUUUAGCCCACAUUCAAGGCUUCCAGGUGCAGUACAAGGAUAGGCAAACCGACAAAGAGUGCAUAACUUAUCUCACCCUGUCACCUGUGCAGAUGACUUUCCACGGCAUAGGGAGCUCCAUUCCAGCUAGCCAUGACCAGGCAGCCCUUAGUGCCUUGAAACAGCUGUCAGAACAAGGACUGGACCCAGUGGACGGACCAAUCAAGGUAGAAAAUGGAUCAUGUGACAUGUAUGUUCAGACAGAGCUACAAACAAAACGUCUGGCCGAGAGGACGGACAGCAAACCGACUAACUCAGGCACCACCGCUCAGGACUGCAAGGAUUCAAAGGCCGUCGUCUAGGAGCUGACCCCGCCCAUACGCCCCUCCCCUCGAAAGCCCCCGCGACCGCCGCUGCAUCCUUCUACACGUUUCAACAUGCAAUAUGGUGGAUGUGUCCAAUGACAACAAAAAAAUGAAGAAAAAUGCAUUCUUUGAGUCUAUGUGAAGACAACACUAUCUUAACACAACAUUUAUUUACUAUAGAGUUCAUUAAAAAGCAAGCAAACGUAAAAAAAUGAUAAAAAUGUAAUGCAUGGUAAUGUUUAAAAAUGAAGGGAAAUUUAAGUGAUUAUGUCGAAUUUCCCCAUUUGAUAGAUGUUUGAAUAUUACGUUCACCUUUGUCUCUUAGUCAUAUGGAUUAAAACAGGCGUAUAUCAUGCUAUUAAUGCAAACAAAACAUUAUUGGGGAAAACAAAGUUGUGUAUGUUAUUUUGGGGUGGGAGGUUAUUUCAUUUUCCUUUUUACUUCUCUAUGAAUAACAAUGCUUGAGUAUUUAAGGAUUAACCAAUGCCAGUGCUGUGAAGUCGUAGUUGUUGUCUUCAUAUAUAGUCAUCCAGCUUACCGUAUAUGCUGACAUAAAGCAUUCAUCUAACUCUAUGGAUGUAUAUGUAGAUUAUUAUACGCAGAGGAAAAGAAAAACAUAGUACGAGUGUGAACCAAUGGAUAAAACUGACGCUAGAGGUAAAGCAUUGGUGAUGCAGCUUAUCUGAGGCGACCCACAUGCCUUUUAUAACAUUCCUCGAGAGUAGAGAUAUAUUACAGAUUUGAAAAGGUAAUAUACAGAUUCAAAACAGUUUUCUUCUCUCUUCAGUUUUGUCCAGCACAUCUACACCCAUGUUGUUUGUUGUAUUGACUCGAUGCAUAAACUGAGUGCUUUGAAAAGCUGCAUUCUGGAGUUCUUCAAAAAGAGAGGCUGGUAUUAACUGACAGACUCUCUUUUUAAAACGAUUAAGUUGUCGAACUAAAGAACAGUUUUUUUAAACUGUCAAAGGUAACUUGUUGGAAGAGCAUUUUCUCCCUGAAUACAUACAGUGUAAUAACAGACAUGUGAGUUACUUAAAAUGCAGUAAAAUCACAUCAGUUCGUGUUGAAA